GUGACGGAGGCGCAGGUGAGCGCCGCUUCCGGGGUCGGGAGCCCGCUUCGCAGACGGCUCCAGCUUCCCCUCGGCCGGGUUCCCGGGAGACUAUGGCGUCCUCCUCGGUCCCGCCGGCCGCUGCACCGGCGGCGACAGCGGCCCCCGGCGCGGGUUUCGGCUUCGCCUCUAAAACCAAGAAGAAGCAUUUCGUGCAGCAGAAGGUGAAGGUGUUCCGGGCGGCCGACCCGCUGGUGGGCGUGUUCCUGUGGGGCGUAGCCCACUCGAUCAAUGAGCUCAGCCAGGUGCCUCCCCCGGUGAUGCUGCUGCCGGAUGACUUUAAGGCUAGCUCCAAGAUCAAGGUCAACAAUCACCUUUUCCACAGGGAGAAUCUGCCCAGUCAUUUCAAGUUCAAGGAGUAUUGUCCCCAAGUCUUCAGGAACCUGCGUGAUCGGUUUGGUAUUGAUGACCAGGAUUACCUGGUAUCCCUUACCCGAAGUCCCCCAACUGAAAGUGAAGGCAGUGAUGGUCGCUUCCUUAUCUCCUAUGAUCGGACUCUGGUCAUCAAAGAAGUAUCCAGUGAGGACAUUGCUGACAUGCAUAGCAACCUGUCCAACUACCACCAGUACAUUGUGAAGUGUCACGGCAACACACUGCUGCCCCAGUUCCUGGGGAUGUACCGGGUGAGCGUGGACAGUGAGGACAGCUACAUGCUUGUGAUGCGCAACAUGUUCAGCCACCGUCUCCCCGUGCACAGGAAAUACGACCUCAAGGGCUCCCUAGUGUCCCGGGAAGCCAGCGAUAAGGAGAAGGGUAAGGAGCUGCCCACCCUCAAGGACAUGGACUUCCUCAACAGGAGCCAGAAGGUUUAUAUUGGUGAAGAGGAGAAGAAAGUCUUUCUCGAGAAGCUAAAGAGAGAUGUGGAGUUCCUGGUGCAGCUGAAGAUCAUGGGCUACAGCCUUCUUCUGGGCAUCCACGACAUCAUUCGGGGCUCUGAGCCAGAGGCGGACGCGCCGGCGCGGGAGGAGGAGCCAGAGGCGGAUGGCGCCUGUGGCCCGGCGGCACCUCCCGCUCCGCUGGGCUCCUGUGGCGCUUCCGCUGAGGGCAUCGGCGGCUGCCUCCACCCCCACCGGCCCCUGGGCCCUGGAGAGUUCGAGUCCUUCGUCGACGUCUACGCCAUCCGGAGCGCGGAGGGGGCCCCUCAGCAGGAGGUGUAUUUCAUGGGCCUCAUUGACAUCCUGACGCAGUAUGACGCCAAGAAGAAAGCAGCUCACGCGGCCAAGACUGUCAAGCACGGGGCCGGGGCAGAGAUCUCUACUGUCCAUCCUGAGCAGUAUGCUAAGCGAUUCCUGGAUUUUAUUACCAACAUCUUUGCCUAAGAGACUGCCUGACUUCAUGAGGAGGAGCUGGGGGAAGGGGGUUGUUGGCCAUCUUCAAGACCUGACUGCACAGAUGGACCUGGCUCAAGCAACUUAACUGAUGCCCUUUGCUGUGUGGGAUGAACUAAGAGUUUCUGGAUUUUGCUGAUAACUUUAUAGAACUCGUGGCAUGCUUCCUUCCUAGUAGGCCCUGGGAUGGAAGAUUUUCAAGACACUACAGAUGUGGGUGCCAGCAUGCACACAUAUAUUGGGACAGGGCCAAUCUUACCGAGGUGGGGUGGAGAGUGGUUGGUGGGCUGACCUGGGAUGGAAGAUUUUCAAGACACUACAGAUGUGGGUGCCAGCAUGCACACAUAUAUUGGGACAGGGCCAGUCUUACCGAGGUGGGGUGGAGAGUGGUUGGUGGGCUGGUAGCUUGUGGAGGUGGGACCUUCGAGGACUCCUGUGAUUAUUUAGGGAAUUGGAGGUCUCUUGAGGGUUGACUGCUCUCCCGUCUCUCCCCUCUCUCCACCGGCCCCCACUAGAGCUGGCCACAGUGUUGAAUUCUGGGUGAAGUUGUCUGGCUGCUGCUGCUCUUCCCCAGGACCUCACAUCCCUCCUGGGCUGGAACCCUCCAGUGGGGGUGUGGUCAGUUCUGGAGGCUGGACGGAUGAGCCAGGGGUGUAAGGUUCACUCCCUGUGUUAAAUUUCCUUUCUUCAUGUCUAGCCAUCCUGGAGGUUUGAGUCCCAGCAGAAGGGAAUAACUUUACUUGGGUUAACCCUGGUCAUCUCAAGAGAACGGGAGUCUCACAUGGGGGAGCCGCCUCCACUCCUUGGAAGUGUGCCCCUAGCACACUUCCUCCCCUGCCCCUUCUCAAACCCUUUUCCCAGUUGGAUUUGUUAUUUUGUUCUUUUCUGUCCAUCUUAACUGCCACUGUGUCUCCCGGGGGACAGAUGGCCCUCUUUGUCAUCUCACUCUCCACCCCCAGAGGAGUCAGAGCCAUGACUCAGUCGCCCAGCCCCUCCAAAGAGAGUGGAGCUGAUGCAUGAUGUUCUCAGAAUACAGUGGACCCCGACUGCGGGGACAGUUCCCCGCAAUGCCUUUGGGGCGCAGGCAGCCAUUCUUGUGAUCCUGCAUCUCCCCUGAGGCUUCUGCGUUUAUCUGGAACACAAAGAUGGGGCACCAGCAAGUGGCCUGGAGGGAUACAAAGACUCUGCUCUGUAUCUGACUGGACUAAUCUGUCUCACAAGAAGUCAUGAGGUCAUAAAGGAGAAUUCCUCUUGCCCCUCCAUCUGCUCCAAAGCAAGUAACAAGAGGAGUCCCCAGUUGAGGAUUGGAGCCCCUAUAAAAUUUUCCUGUCAGGAGCCUCAUGGAUCUUUUUCAUUCCACCGUCUACCUUUCCCUUGUUGAAUGCAAUAAAACUCCAUGACACCAGCAACUUUGUUCUUUAGAAAUGGGUUUUCUGACCCAUUUCUGGCUGAUGUAUCGUAAGCAUUAUGGUUUUCAUUUGUUGCUUCUGUUUUUCAUCUUUUUUGUUUUAUUAAUAAAAAGAUCUCGUGUAUUUACUCCCAUUGCUGUCACUAUAAGGAAAAUAAAUUAUUGAAUUCAAA